ACAUUACCUGUGUAGGCAAGCCAAAGCAGCAGUUGAAGCUGCAGUGUUCAAAACCAUGCAGAUGACAAACCUAGCUGAAAGAAACCUUAUUUGAGAUGGCACACGUUUCUUCAGAAAUUCAAGAUGGUUCUCCUAAAGAUGGAUCGACUAAUUCUGCAGCCUCUGUUAGAUCUCCUUUGUGGGAUCCCACAUCGACUGGGGAUUUGGACCUAAGGUCUGUGAUUGAAGAAAAUGCUUUUCAGGCUUUGUCAGGAGGAUCCUUAAUAAAAAGACCACGAUACACAUUUUGUGUCUCUGAACCAGACGAAGAUAAUGAUUUUCUGUCUCUGACUUUUCCCAGAAAACUUUGGAACAUAGUUGAAAGUGAUCAAUUCAAAUCAAUUUGGUGGGAUGAGAAUGGAACUUCAAUAGUGAUUGAUGAGGAACUCUUCAAGAAAGAAGUUCUGGAGAGAAAGGCCCCUUUCAGAAUAUUUGAAACUGGAAGUAUGAAGAGUUUAGUUCGCCAGCUUUACCUUUACGGAUUUAGUAAAAUGCGACAGGGUUUCCAAAGAUCUGCUUCGCUCGCUGAUUUUCUGGCAGAGGAAAAAGAAGUAUCUGUUUUAAGCAAGUUACAGUUCUAUCAUAAUCCAAAUUUUAAACGAGGCUGCCCUCAACUUUUAGUAAGAAUGAAAAGAAGAGUCAGGAUUAAAAAUGCUUCCACAGUAUCACUAGUUCAAGAUUUCAACAAGAAACCACGCAGAGCUGAGGGUAAUGUGCAUAGUCCUAAUUCUGGUUUUGUUGCUGAAACUAGUGGAGAAAGGGCAUUGUCAACCUCCACAAAUUUAAAUGUGCCCCUGAUAAGGAAGCGUCCUCCUAUCCAGAGAGUUGCUAAUACAACUGCCCCCAUGACAAGUGAUCUUUCUCCACCGUCAUCAACGUCAGCUAGGCCGUCAGAACAAAUGGUAAUGGAUCAGCAUGCCAUUUUAAACCAGUUGACCACUUUUCACGUGCAUUCACGUGACAGCUACACUCAAGCAAAUGGCCACACUGUGAACUUUGUUACAACUACAACUGCUACAUCUCAGUAUGGCAUCAUAUCUCCCUUACAGAACAGUUAUUUUGGAACAGUGGUGGAGCCUUGCGCUUUUCCAACUAGCUAUCCUGCUGUGUCAGCCAGUGAGGUUCGUUUUUCUAACCCUCAACCACCAAGCAACCAAUGGUUCUCAAUGCCAAUGAUAGCUGAUACUUCUGCUGCCUCACUUGCAAUGUCAACUCAUCAACCGUCUUCAUCCUACGUACAUCAUCCUGAUUACAAGUGAUCUGUCAAAGGACUACCAGAUAAUACAAGAAAACAAAGAUUAAAAUUUAUUGGCAAAUGACCAAAUAUGGAAAUUCUCUUAUUUGAACAAUACAAUUACAUGUUCACCUUUA